UUGUGUCGAAAUAUUUAAAUAUUUUAACUUUUCCAAUAUGGCUGGUAAUGAGGCUGGACAUGGUGCUAUUGUCAGAAAUAGAGAUUUGAUUGAUGUGUGGAUAGAAGCACCGAGAGGAAAUAGAAAACAGGUGGUUUAUGAAAAGAUAUUAUCUCUUAUUGAUAUAAAAGACGAACCUUCCAAACAUCUUAAAAGUAAUAUAAUGAAAUGCAGCCAGUUGUUUGGGUUUAAAAUGGCAGAAAGUAGGACAAUCUCGGAAUCGACUUUUACAAAAUCAGACAAGAUUAUAUAUAGAAUAAGUAAUGAUUCUGAAGAAAACACAUCUUCGGAUGAGGAACAAGAACCUCCUUGUCGCUCAGUUGGACGGCCACAGGUGCCAUUUGAAGAGGCAUCGAAGAAAACAAAACGAAGACGUGUAGCCGAACUAACCACAGACAGAUCUGCAAAUGAACUUCAAUUUGCUGUAAAUGUCGUUUCUGGAAGCAAUCACAGUGAGGUCUCGCCACAAAUUUUUAGUUUUAGUACAGCUGAAGCUUUAGCCCUUAUGGUAGAUUUGGAUAUAUCCGUAAGAAAGUGUUUGCUACUUAGGUCUGUUAUUAAUGAAGUUGAUUUGCAAGAACUUCUACAGAAAACAGCUGAAAGUAUCCUUGAAAUAAUAAAUUUUGAAGAGAGAGAUUGCCGGAUUAAAGUGAUAUGCAAGUGGGGAUUUGAUGGCAGUUCUGGGCAGAAAUUUUCUGAUUUAGAAGACACCGACGAAUUUCUGUUUCUUGUAGCAAUGACGCCACUCAGAUUGAUUGAUAUGGAAACGAAUAAGGUAUUGUGGAAAAAUGAGAGCCCUUCAUCUACUUUAUAUUGUAGGCCGAUCAAGUUUUUACUUAAAAAGAAAAAUGCUGAUUUAGUGCGGAAUACGGAAAAGGAAAUAAUAACAAAAAUUGAAAAUUUGAUUCCUAUUGAGAUUAAAACAAAAGAAGGGCACUCUUACAUAUUUGAAGUUGAUAUGAUGUUAACAAUGUUGGACGGCAGUCAUCAUUUGCGGAGCCACACCCAAGGACAUGAACACGUUAGCAGGGAUUAA